AUGUUUUUUUUCUUGUGACAGAGCCGCCAUGGCUACAGCUUCAAGGUUUCUACGGACAUUGCCGAGGUUUCUCAAGCUUUCUCCAACCCUUCUCCGUAGCAAUGGCGUAAGAUUUUCAAGCAAUUUGAUUCAGGAUUCCAUAGAACCGUUGGAUUCCUUCUGGCGAAUAGGAUCUCGAAUCAGCCAUGAUUCUUUUACUACCAGAAGCUUCUCUUCUCAAGGUCCUGCUUCUGUCGAUUAUAGUUCGGUUUUGCAGGAGGAUGAGUUUCACAAAUUAGCCAACUUCACUAUAAAUCACCUUCUUGAGAAAAUUGAGGAUUAUGGUGAUAAUGUUCAGAUUGAUGGUUUCGACAUAGAUUAUGGGAAUGAAGUUCUUACCCUUAAGCUUGGAUCUUUAGGCACAUAUGUACUGAAUAAGCAAACUCCAAAUCGACAAAUCUGGAUGUCUUCACCUGUGAGUGGCCCUUCUAGAUUCGACUGGGAUCGUGAUGCUAAUGCAUGGAUUUACCGGAGAACCGAAGCAAAGUUGCAUAAACUCCUGGAAGAGGAGUUAGAGAAGCUAUGUGGUGAACCAAUCCAACUCUCAUAAAGAAGGCUUUAAAACAAUAUUUUUAGCCAAAGGGUUUCAUCUAGGAACUUGAAACUGCUAUACCCUUUUUAAGGUAGACCUAUGAAACAUCCAGAGGAAUAAACAAACAAGGCACAAGACAAAGUUGUUUCAGUGUGAAACCCGAGCAGUGUUUGUGAAUCUGCUUUAAACAGUAAUUUUUCAUAGUGACAUUGUUACUAGUGUCUUUGUUUAAUCAGAGCUGAAGCUUCUUUUUACGCGUUUUAA